AUGACGUCCGGUCCUGAAUCUGCGUUGGUACCACCAUCAGUUGCAAUGCCUCCUCCUGGAUUCACAUCACUUGCCGGCCCAAGCGGAGUCCUACAACCUAGUACCACAACAUUCAUGGAUGUUCCAUCUAAUAUAACGGCUGCAGUGCCCCCUCCUCCUCCAAAUGCCACAUCGAAAUCAUCGCAUGUGUGUGAUACCUGUGGAAAGGUUUUUUCACAGAAGAAAAACUUGAACCAGCAUUUGAAAAUUCAUAUGGAUGUAAAACCGUUUUCAUGUGAUGAAUGCGGUAAAGGAUUCACACGCAUGACUAAUUUAACUCGCCAUAAGAUGAGUCAUGCUCCUGCAUCUGUCAGCGGCAUAUUAAAGUGUAAGGACUGUAGCAUGACAUUUACAAGGCAAGACAAUUUGAGAAGGCACGAACGAGCGGCUCAUGGCGAAGCGAUUCACAAGUGUCCACUUUGUGAUCGAGCCUUUCAACAAAAGUCCAACCUCAUGCAGCAUGUGAGAGUAUCACAUGCUGCACCUGUUAAGCGCAAAGCUAAAAAUGAGGGUCCCACCCCGGCUAAACGUGCCAGAAGAACGAGGGAGACGGCAUUAGGCGUUUUCGCCUCUGAAAAAUUGAAGCCUACAAAGAAAAUACCGAAGACGUAA